AGUCACGUGACGGAAGACAAGCAACAGAGUGAACCCCUCUGGAGAAAGACAAGAUGGCGGACUGAGCUGCUGUGACCUAAAAAACAAACUUGCGAUAUAACUACAAAUACGGCAAUUGGCACCUCUAAGGUUUGUUUUUUCUAAAGCCCGCGAUACAGAAGUUGAGUUUGGAGCGAUGGAGUUUUACCUGAAGUGAAGCUUGGAGACGCGGUGGACGACUACUGCUAUGCUAAGAUGGCGACGUCCGGUAAAAGAGAACAUGAACGAGAAUCGCCAACGGAGAAAAAGACGAAAAGUGCGGAUGAAGACAUUCAGCAGCUGAUUUGUCAUCGAGAAGAACUUGCUCAUCAGCCGCUUGCGGGGAUUUCCACUUUGAAGCAGGCGACUCCACAGCCACCCUACAUUAAAAAGGAAGAGGAGGAACUCUGGAUCGCUCAGGAGCGAGAGUGUCUUCUAGGACCCCAGGAGGCUGAUCUCACCGAGUUCCCACUGACCGUUGUCUCUGUGAAGACUGAAGAAGAUGAAGAGAAACCACAAAUAGACAACCUCUUAGCUCCACUAUCAGAUAGUGAGGUCGAAGACGAGGUUGAAAUACCGUUGAGCAGCGAAACAGACUGCGAAGGUGAUGUGAGGACUCGCACUGACAACAAACGCUCAGGCGGCUCUAAAAAGAACAGCGAGAAACAACAUUUGAGCUGCUCAAUUUGUGCAAAAAUCUUUACUAGAAAGAGCAAUUUGACGGAACACAUGAGAAUACAUACAGGAGAAAAACCAUUUAAUUGCUCCGCUUGUGCUAAAAACUUUACCAAAAAGUGCUAUUUGACUAAACAUGUACAAAUACACACUGGACAAAAACCGUUCCGUUGUUCAGUUUGUGGUAAAAGCUUUGGUCAAAAGAGCAAUUUGACUGAACACAUUAAAACACACACCGGGGAAAAACCCUACAGUUGCUCGGUUUGUGGUAAAACCUUUUCUCAAAGCACCCACCUGACUGAACACGUGAAUAGACACACAGGACAAAAAAAAUUUGAUUGUCGGUUGUGUGGUAAAAGUUUUUUUUCCAAGCAAAGUUUGACCCAACACAUGAUGAUACACACGGGACAAAAACCUUUUAGUUGUUCGGUUUGUGGUAAACGCUUUUCUCAAAAGUGCCACUUGACAGAACACAUGAAAAGACACACCGGACAAACGAAAUUUGAUUGUACAGUUUGUGGUAAAACCUUGGUGUCCAGAUUAGGUUUUAUUCAGCACACAAUGAAGCACACCGGAGAAAAACCAUUUAGUUGUGCCGUUUGUGAUCAAAGAUUCCAUCGUAAUGCAGACGCACUGAAACACAUAACAACACACACGGGAGAAUAAACAAUGUUGGCCAUGUGUGGACACACCCAGCCAAACUCAGGGCCUCCUCAAAAUAACUUCACUGCUUCUUUCACAAAAUAUUCGAGGUCUUCAUACAAAUUGGAAUUAUCUCGAGCAUCAUUUUACACCCUCGUGACCCCAUGUCUUUUAUGUUUCUGCGACUUUACUGAAUUGUAAGCAAUACAUUGCUUGUAGUGCUUGGUUAGCCCUUCUUCAGACUACACGGACCUAACGGGGUCUAGUUGAGGAGGGACUGUAGUCUUCUUCAGUGAUGCUUUCCUGGUCUCCAGAAUGUCUGACUUUGAACACUAAUCACAUGGACGCAUUUACCUUAAAGGGAACCGUCCAGGUUUGUUUUGAGUCUACAGACCAACACCAGGUGACCAAGUUUACAAUGUAAUAUUUGAGCAUAUUGACUUAUCCAAGAACUCCGUCCAAAGUCUGUAAUGACUUGUUCUUGGGGAUCUCAACGGCCUUCAUAAAGAUUGACGCUCAAGGGGAAUGUAAUGUGCUUAAUUUUUGUUUGUUUCAUCCCUUUAUUAUGAACUAUUUUACGAAAUAACGUUUAGCAAAAAUCCCUAUUGGAACCUUUUCCAGUGGCAAGAACAGUGCAUGCAAGCAACAUUUUCACUCACCUUUAAUUUGACUUCUUGCGAGGAAUAGGCUUGUUGGCCCACGAUCUGCACGAGUCCUCAAGCCUUUACUGAAAUCUUUUAACUAGGGUUUAUUGGAAAAAUUAAAAAAAAAAGAUGAACAAAUAAAAAGCCACAAUGUCGUUCAUGCCCUUUGCUGAAGAAACAUCAAAUAUUGUUCUGGCUUCUGAAGAGCCAUAGUUUUGUUUUCGAGUGUUUGAAUAUGUUUAUCUUAAUUAAUUUUAAGGAAUUACGUAUGGUUCUUUAUACUUAUCUUUACUGUAUAGUGUAAUGUUAUUGCUUGAUUGUUUGAAAAGUAAUGACACUCUGGCAAAUACUGAAAAUAUUAUUUUCCUGUGACCACAUUUCAAAAUAUUCCUAGAAUAUAUUUCCUAUUUUUGCAGAUCGGAUCAGGGUUUGUUGUGCUUUUGGCAAUCAAAAUCAAUUGUGAUUGAUUUUUCUGAUUACAUUGUUGACGUUUAAAUUGUUGCUGUACGUUGUUUUGUAUCACUUUGUUAUUUAAAUAAAAAUGAAGUAAAACAAAA